AUGAACAAAACCAAAUCCCCGAUCGAUUUGAACGAUAAAAUCAACAAAGAAGACGAAAUCGGCACACUUAUCGUCGUUCUUCUUAAAGCUAGGAAUCUCAACGACAAGCAUUCGUUCCGGAAAUCUGAUGUCUUUGCGCAAGCAACUCUAAAUGGCAUUCAGAAACGUACUCAUGUGGACAUCAAGGGCGGUCAGCGCCCUGAGUGGGAUGGGGAAGUCAGAUUUACAAUUGUAAAGCAUAAAGCAGAAAAGUAUAGGAAGCUGGAAGUGGCCUGCUAUUCUCAAGAGCCACGAUCGGAGGAUCUUAUGGGACAAGGGUUUGUCGAUAUCUCAGAGACGCUACGAACAGGCGAAUUCGACGGCGAGAAUUUGAUAGACUGGGUGCCUCUAGAAGUUGAUGGAGUCCAACGAGGAGAGUUGUAUCUGGAGAUGACCUAUUAUGCAAACAAGGCAGCUCCGACGGGACCUCCGGUGCCCAACAAACAACUUGCUGCUGUGCAGGCUCAAAACAAUCUUACUAGACGUCCCUCAAAAUUGUCACCUGCGGAUCGACUAUCACGUCCACAGCAGACAGCAGCGGCGGUGCAAUACGCCCAAGUACACUCUGUACCUGGGCCAACUUCGGGUGCUCCUUCCUCCCGACCUCAUCAACAACACUACCCAUCUCAAGCCAUCAAUAACCAAGGCUUCAACCCCCAAGCAAAUGCACUGCCUACAAGCCUUGUACCGACACAUCCUGCAAGUACCGGAUCAUCACCCAAGGGCAAGCAAGAUGCCCUGCCCUCCCCCUUUCCCGAGCAUAGAAGGGCUGAAAGCCUAGGUAUCACUCAGCAGCCCCAAAGUGCUGUGCCUUUGCCGACUAUUCUCCGUCCGGGAGCGAAUGGCAGCACAACUCCACCAUCAGCGUCGGGAGGUCCUCGUCCUAUUGGUCAAGGACACGUUCGUCACCAUUCACAAGGGCAAGGUGAAUCGUCCGCUCCUAAUGCAUAUAUCCCCGGGACCAGCGCCACUUCGCAGAAUCCUUACAUCGGAGGUGCUACCACACCUCCAAGAAAUCAUGGCAACACAUACGUAGGAGGGAAUACAACUUCUGGGUCUACCAAUCCAUAUGUUGCGAAGAAUGGCUCUCCUCCCAGCAGCCAUGCUAAUCCUUAUGUGGGUAGCAAUAUUCUACCCAGCUCAGGCUUGGGACCGGGUCGGGCACAAUCUGUUUUAGGAUACGGAUCACCUCCUCCCAGUGGCCCUCCGCUUCUCUGGCAGCAAAGUACUUCAUGCCAGUCCGAUGGAUCGUUCUCGUUCCCAAUGCCCAUGAUCGUACCACCUUCACAGGAGCAAAUUCCUCAUCAGUCGUUCUCCACAUUUAGUGAGCAUAACGGGGACCAUACUGGUGGUAGGGCAGGGCAGCAUUAUCAUCAUCGACCUACCCAUCGAGUUUCGUCGUCUCGCGAGGAACAAUUUGACCCGUAUCUACAAGCGAGGUAUCAGUCUCCGUUGCCAUUGCCUCCUGGGGUAUCUGCUUCCUCAUCCUCUAUCGCGCCAACUCGGCCAGCACCCCCUACUCCAGCACCCACAACCACUGCGCCAGCACCAGCACCAUCAACCCGGGUACCUACGCCUCCACCAAAGACUGACGUUACUCCCGGACCAGAUAAACGGCGACUUGAGGCACUACGCAGGGCUGAGGAAGAGGCAGCACGACGGCGAGAACAGGAACUGAAAGACUUGGAGCUCGCCAUGCAAUUGGACCGAGAAUUGAAUUUAACAGAAGAAAGGGCGAGUGGCGCUAAUGGCGACCCGCCAAUUCCUGGAAGGUGGCAAUAA